AUGGUUACCACUCGAACCAACAAGGACACCACCGCUACCCCACCUCGCGCCUCACCCCAUGGUGACCGUAAAGACUCGGCCAUCAACCUCUCACUCUCGGACGACACGUACGACACGGACGGCGAGUCGGCGUACGUGGACGACCCGGCCGACUCUGAGGACGGCGAGGACACCGAGCCGUUCGAUCCAGAGCGCAAGCGCAAGCGCACAGCGACUACCCGCAAGAAUCCGGCCGCCGGGUCUUCCCCUGCCGUUACCAAGGGCAAGAAGGCCAUGAAGGAGGACAAGACGGCGUCGAGCUCGUCGGUGAGCGCGCACAUCCCCACCCCCAAGCGCGCGCGCAAGGACUGGACGAAGAAUGAGGACCUGAUCCUCCUCGAACUUCUCGAGGCGUAUGUCCGCAACACCUACGAGAGGAAGACGAAGGAGGAGAAGCAGGAGGAGAAGCAGGAGAAGGAGCAGGAGAUGCACUUCGCCCAGUGGGCCGAGGCGCAAGGCCGCCUGCCUGGUCGCAGCGUUCGCAAUAUCCGCGAUCGUGUUCCGGCUGUCUUCAAGAACGCCCGCGCGCAGAUGGAGAAGACUUCGAAGAAGUGA